UUUGUCACCCCCAGUGCUGGCCGUUAUCUAUGCAUUAACCAUCAAACUAUGUGUGCAUGCUAUAAUGAAAAUAAAUAUAAAUGUCAGUGGAAUUAAUUUUUCGUGUAAUCUGCAGAAAUGACAAGUAGAAAGAAGCAAAACAAGACGAACGGUUCAGGGAAGGCUAAGUCCGGGGACAAAACAAUCAAAAAUAAAUUAAAGAGAAGAGACAAAAGGGGAAGGAUACUCGUCAAGAACUUGCCUUUUAAAGCGACGGAGGCGGAUGUCAGGCGGCUCUUCUCGCGGUUCGGGAAGGUCAGCGAGGUGCGGCUGCCACGCCGCGACGACGGCUCCCCCGUGGGCUGCGGCUUCGUGCAGUUCCCGGGCCGGGACAAGGCGGCCCGGGCCAUCGCCGGCCUCAGCGGCACCGAGUUCAUGGGUCGCACGCUGGACGUGAGCUUGGCCUUGUCGAAGCUGACGUACAUCAUCGCCCGCCCCGACGGGGUCCCGGCGCCUGGGACCACCACCGCCCCCGGCGACGAAGAAGGGGGGAGCGACGACGCGGGACAGGUCAAAGAGGAGCUCGAGGAAGUGGUCGUGAAGGAAGAACCGGUGGAUGAGGUCGCCGAACAAGUCGGCGGGCAGAAGAAAAAGGAGAAGCCCGUGCAGAAGAGAGGACGGCUUAUCGUCAGAAAUCUUCCAUUCAAGGUGACGGAGGCGAACUUCAAGGAGCACUUCGAACAAUUCGGCCAAGUUCACGAGGUGAAGCUCCUGCGCCGGCCGGACGGGAAGCUGGUCGGCUGUGGCUUCGUGCAGUUCACGUGGAAGCAGAACGCGGCGAAGGCCAUCCUCAAGACGAGCGGAAAGCCCUUCAUGGGCAGGACCAUCAUCGUGGACUGGGCGGUGCCCAAGAAGGUGUUCACGGCCCAGACGCAGCAGGGGGAGGGGGCGGAAGUCAAGAGCGAGCCCGAGGACGAGGCGACCGCCGUCAAGGAGGAUCCUGACGAUGACGACGACGACGUGGACGCGGACGAACGCAAGCUGGACGCGAAGAAGCGCAGAGUCAGCAGCUCGGAGGAGUCCGGCCCGUCUGAGUCGGAAGACGAGCUGGAAGAUGACGGCGGCGAAGAGGGGUCCCCGGAGGACGACGAGGGCUCCUCCGGGGCCCGGCCCCGGGUGACUUCCGACGACGUCGCGGAAGGCCGCACCGUGUUCCUGAAGAACAUCCCGUUCUCGGCGACCAACGAGAAUCUGCGGGAGUGCGUGGAGCAGUUCGGCGAGGUCAUCUACGCCCUCGUGUGCAUCGACCCCCUCACUGAGCACUCCAAGGGCACGGGCUUCGUCAAGUUCAAGGGCAAGGAGAGUGCGGAGCGCUGCCUGUCUGCUGGCGGGCAGUUGUCGCUGGGGAGCCAGCAGCUGCAGGUGCUGCCCGCUCUGCCCCGGCAGGAGAUCCAGGACCGCGCGCACGGCCGCAAGGAGGCGACGCGGAACCACGACAGCCGCAACCUCUACCUCGUCAAGGAGGGAGUGGUGCUGGCGGGCAGCGCGGCCGCGGCGGGCGUGUCGGCGGCCGACAUGGCGCGGCGCCUGCAGCUGGAGCAGUGGAAGACCCAGAUGCUGCGCAACCUCAACAUGUUCGUGUCGCGCACACGCCUGGUCGCGCACAACCUUCCCUCCUCCUGGGACGACGCGGGGCUGCGCGGGCUGUUCUCGCAGCACGCCCCGCCGGGGGCCGUCAUCAAGGAGGCGCGGGUGAUGAGAGACUUGCGCGACGUGGACGCGCAGGGCGUCGGCAGAUCCAAGGAGUACGGCUUUGUGACGUUCGAAAGCCACGAGGCAGCUCUGCAAGCGCUGAGGAGCAUCAACAACAACCCCAGGAUAUUCACCGCGGCCAAGAGGCCGAUAGUGUCGUUCUCCAUCGAGAACAAGGCCAUCCUGAACCUGCGGCAGCGGCGGCUGGCCAAGAGCCGCGACAGGAACCCUCUGGCGGCCGGGCGGGAGCGUCCCGGGCCUGAGCGCGCGCCCCGCCAGGGGGGGCCGGAGACGGAGGCCGAGGCCGAGGCGUUCGCGGGCGUGGCCGCGCAGCCGGGCCGGGUGAAGAUGCGGUCCCGCUUCAACCUCAGGACGCAGGCGGCCGUGCACGGGGAGACCCUGCGGCGCGAGAAGCGGCGGCGCAAGGACGAGCGGCGGGCCGCGCAGGCGAGGCAGGCGAGCCGCAAGGCUCCCGCCGCGCUCCCGGUCAGACAGAAGAAGGGGAAGUUGAAAGGUGAGCAGAAAGCGGAGGAAGUGUUCAACCAGCUCGUGGAGAAGUAUAAGCGCAACCUGUCGAGUGCGUCUGUGAUGAAGAAGUGGUACGAGUGAGCAUGCCAGUCGGGCUCUGUGUGACUCACUGAGGAAGACUCGAGUGUUUGGCGUCCAGUUGAGGGAGAAACAGUACAACCCCGAUUGUCCGCAAUCAAGAGGAGCAGGGCUGCGGAUAAUCCGCAGGUUUAUGUACAUCUGCUGCAUCAGCUUAAUAAAGAAUAUAAGCUUA